AUGUACAGACUUCUCGAUUAUUGCUCUUGGGCCAGCCAGCGUCGGCCGCCAAACGACUGCGCCAGCGACAACGACAGACGCACACACACACAGAGAAACUGUGUGCACGCACGCACCUCGCACAUCGCCGGCCGUCUGGCAGCGCCCAGCAGCCCCCAAGGAACCGCCGAUCAAGGCAGUCCCUCGCCCUCUUUAUCAACAGCACAUAACAACAACAACCAGCCGUUGCCUCACACCAGAACCGACCGUCUUUUAUAUGCAUCGCAUCCUGCAUUGCAGUUGCAAUCGAGCGGAAGGAAGAGUUGUUUACAGGAAGAGUUGUUUACAGGAAGAGUCGACGACGACGGCGGCAAAUUUUCCAUGUCCGCGGGCUGGUCUCCCGUGCGCCGUGACCGACGAAACAGCCGACUCGCAUCACUUGGCACGGCGGCACAUGUCGGUCACAUCCCACGAAACUACAAUCACUUGCCACGAAUGGGUUUACCCGGAACACAUCCGGUUUUUUCUAAUUUGAUUUCGAAACGGAACACAAAAACACACAAAGAAGGACUAAUUCUAAUGACCAGAUUGCGGAAAGUAGACCCUUCAAUUUCUUGUUUUAUAAGCGUCUCCAGGACUGGGCUGCGUGUGCUAGUGGUUAUAUAA